AUGUCGGGCACAGUCAACCCUAUCAUACCAGGCUUCGCGCCAGAUCCAUCCGUGGUAAAGGUGGGCGACUGGUUUUAUCUCAUCAACUCCAGCUUUCACUUUUUUCCCGGCCUACCUAUUUACGCUUCUAAAGACCUCAUUUCAUGGCAGCAGAUAGGAAAUGCAAUCAACCGUCAAGCCCAGCUCAGCUUAGCAAAAUCGGAUGCAAACCUCGUUUUGGUGGACAAGGGUAAAGUUAUGAUCGCGAGUGGAGGAUUAUACGCGCCGACGAUCCGUUAUCACCAGGGUACAUUCUAUGUCGUCUGUACGAAUGUCAUCCACUUGCCCGGCAAAGAAAAAGACCUAACGGAGAAUUUCAUCGUCUCGACCGAUAAUAUCUGGUCGGACAUAUGGACCGACCCAAUCUACUUUGAAUUCGUUGGCAUCGACCCCAGUCUAUUUUUCGAUGAGGACGGAAAGACCUACAUCCAAGGGUCUGCUGCACCGGGGCCAUACACGACGAUCAAUCUCUUCGAAGUCGACCUCAAUACCGGCGCCAAGCUGUCGGAGGAGAAAGUCAUCUGGCGUGGCACCGGCGAUAUCUAUCCGGAGGGGCCGCACCUUUAUAAGUGCAAUGGGUGGUACUACUUGCUCAUUGCGGAGGGCGGCACCCAUGAGGGGCAUAUGGUGACGAUGGCACGCUCUAGACACGUUUUGGGCCCAUAUGAGUCUUGUCCUAACAACCCGGUCCUGACAGCGCGUGGUACUGCGGAGUAUAUCCAGUAUACCGGUCAUUGCGAGAUCUUCCAGGAUGAGAAGAAACAAUGGUGGGGAACCUGUAUUGGGGCACGCAUAGACGACCAGGGGCGAUGCACCAUGGGUCGGGAGACCUUUUUGACACGGGUAGCCUGGGACAACGAGUGGUUUACCUUCGAACAAGUGAAGUUGAAGCCCAGCCUCCUGGAAACCCGGUCGAGUCCAAACCUUACGGCAAAACCUGGCGUUGACUGUCUCUACAUUCGAGAUGCUGUCAUGAGCAACUACCGGGUCACUGGAACCUCCGUGACACUGACGGCAUCAUCGGUCGAUCUGUCACACCCGGAACUCAGCCCGACCUUUAUUGGCAAGCGGCAACGGCAAUUGCACGGCACAAGCAGCGUGGUUCUUCAAGGGAUCGAGGAGUCUUGGGGCUCUGCGAAGAUCCUGGCUGGGCUAGCCUGUUACAAGGAAGAGCACCGCUACGUACGGAUCUACUAUGAUGCUGGGAAGCUUGAAGUGGUCUUCGAAUUGGUCAACGUCGCGAAGAAGAUUGCUAGAACCGAGAAACACGUCCUAGGAAAAGUUCCCCCCUCAGUGGCGUUCCGAGUGGACUAUACGGAGAAGGAAUACCGGCUGUUGUACUCUGUCGAAUCCAAUACUGGGCAAGACUGGACGUGCCUGGGAACUGUUGAUACAUUUGAUGUGACCAACCCUGAUUUUACUGGUCCAGUGAUAGGCAUCUAUGCUCUCGGGCAAACCGCGGGAGUGCAAGUUCGGUUUGAGAGCUUGAAAGUCGAUUGA